UAAUAGAGGGAAUUGAAGAUUCCACUUCGAGUAACUAAUAAUUUAGUUAAUUUAACGCUUACAGGAGUUGCAAUAAUUAUAAAAUCAAAAAGAAAUCCCACGAAUGAAGUAUUAUAUACUUAUAAGUAUACAGGGUGAGUCCGAAGAAACUCAGACAGGUGACAAGCACGAAUGAUUGGCUAAUGUACAGAGUGAUAGGUGUGAGAAUGUGUGUGUUUGAGGAUACGUGUACGGACGCCGAAAAAGAACGAGUCAGAUGGAUUGUUCGAGUCGAAAAAUAAACAUCUUUGAAAGUAGUUCCGACAUAAGUUAAACAAUUACAAUGUUACAUAGUUUUUUUGGAAAUUGAUCAGUGUACGAAUACUUUCUACACACACUGUAAAUCUAGUUCAUAUUAGAGAGUUCAGACUGAAAAAGUUCCACUGCUAUUGUCGAAAAUAGAUUAUAUCAAAUUUCCAGUUAGAGUGGAGAACAAAAGUAAUGAGUUUAUGUUGGGGUGCAAACAGCUUUUGCAUUCCAUAGUUACAGUGUUAUUUUUCACCCUGCUUUGCCGUUCUCCGGUUUCGAAAAUUGGCGCGCUUGGGUGUCGGUUGACGGACACGUUCAAUUACCCACAACGCAGCGGUUGCAACUAACGAGCUGAAGGGGGAGUGGACAGUAAUCGAGUUGGCACUUGCAGACUUUGAAAGCGGAUGAUGCUACCUCUGAAAGCCUAAUGGGACCGGGGAUUCGUUUCGUGGCUUCACGUCCCGUCGAAUCGCGAAACUUGGUCGUUUGGUUUCAGUCAUCGAGUCUGUUUCCGGCACGAUCCGUCUCUAACUCGGAUCAAACUUUCAACCUUUAACGCGCGCCAUUUGUCCAAAAAGUUACGAACACGCACGAGGGGAUAAUUUGAUUAAUUUACGUAAACAACCUAGAAUUAUCAGGUUUCUGGUAAUUACAAACAGGCAUUGCGAACCAAUUAAUAAAAUUAAUAAUUUGAUGAAGUCCCGUAUCCAUCGAAACGAGUAGCAGUAUAAAUAUGAAAUAUGAACUAUAGAAAUUAGAAUAUUAGAUUGGUCCAACAAAUUUCAUAAUAAAUAUUUUGUGUUUUCCUUAACGUACAUUUUAUUAAAAAAAAAAAAAAAAAAAAAAAAAAUAUUUUUGCGCCAACCUAAUCAAAUAUAGGAAUCGUUUAAUCGCAUAAACAUAAUUACUUUACUCGUUGAAUUCUUGAGUAUACUUUAUUCGACGAGUAGUUUCAGCCCUUGUUUACAAGCGGAUCGAUUCGCGACUUUGAUCGAUCGUUUCGCACGUCUAUCGGGGAAACUCGUCCCUUGCGAUCAGGACCCUCCAUCCACGAUAUCCUAAUCACGAUUCCUCGCGCCAUAAUCCGAGAGUCUGCGUGUGUGUGCACGGUGUAAUGGUGUAAUAACGCAGGACACCCGGACGAAACAUCACUUCAAGCAAAACACCUACAACAGCCCUACGUUCUGUGAUCACUGCGGUAGUCUUCUCUAUGGUGUCAUCCACCAGGGCAUGAAGUGCCAAGAUGAGCACCGCACACAAAUGGGAGGUUUUCACGUACCUGACGCCGACCUUCUGCGACCACUGCGGCUCGAUGCUUCACGGUAUCGCGCAUCAGGGACUUAAGUGUUCAGCAUGCGACAUGAACGUACACAAACGAUGCGAGGAGAGCGUCCCGAAUCUAUGCGGCUGCGACCACACGGAGAGACGUGGUCGAAUAGAAUUGCACAUCUCCUGUUCCGGAAGCAAGCUCACCGUCGAAGUGAAGCAGGGGCGAAACCUCAUUCCGAUGGAUCCGAACGGCUUGUCGGAUCCCUACGUCAAGCUGAAGUUAAUCCCGGAUUCGGACAACGUGAAGAAGAAAACAAAGACAAUCAAGUCCUCCUUAAACCCAGAAUGGAACGAGACAAUCAUUUUCGACCUGAAAGCAGAAGACAAAGACAGACGACUCCUGAUCGAAGUUUGGGAUUGGGAUCGAACGUCCAGGAACGACUUCAUGGGCUCCCUGUCCUUCGGGAUCUCGGAGCUGAUGAAAGCACCAGCCAGUGGAUGGUUCAAACUCCUCACUCAAGAGGAAGGAGAUUUUUACAAUGUACCUGUGCCGGAGGAAGGAGUGGACCUCGCGGAGCUGAAGGUCAAGAUGCGAAAAACCUCGGUCACGAAAAAGACCACGACCGCCCAGGACAAGGAGGUGCCUCACAACAUGGGCAAGAGCGAUUUGAUCAGGGCGAGCGACUUCAACUUCCUCAUGGUGCUUGGCAAGGGCAGCUUUGGCAAAGUGAUGUUAGCGGAAAGAAAAGGUACCGACGAGCUGUACGCCAUAAAAAUCUUGAAGAAGGACAUUAUCAUUCAGGACGACGACGUGGAGUGCACCAUGGUCGAAAAACGCGUUUUGGCGUUAUCAAGUAAGCCACCGUUUUUGGUGCAGUUACACUCCUGUUUCCAGACUAUGGACCGACUGUAUUUCGUGAUGGAGUACGUCAAUGGAGGAGACUUGAUGUACCAGAUACAACAGUGCGGAAAGUUCAAAGAGCCAGUGGCAGUAUUCUACGCGUCAGAAAUAGCAAUUGGUCUGUUCUAUCUUCACGGCCGUGGCAUCGUGUACCGAGAUCUAAAGCUGGACAACGUCUUGCUGGAUCACGACGGUCACAUCAAGAUCGCCGAUUUUGGAAUGUGCAAAGAGGGUAUCACUGGCGAUAAGACCACUAAGACCUUCUGCGGGACACCAGACUACAUUGCUCCAGAAAUCAUUCUGUAUCAACCAUACGGAAAGUCGGUCGAUUGGUGGGCAUACGGCGUUCUACUGUACGAAAUGCUCGUUGGUCAGCCUCCUUUCGAUGGAGAGGACGAAGAAGAGUUAUUCGUCGCCAUUACGGAUCAUAACGUCAGCUAUCCGAAGAGUCUUUCAAAAGAGGCCAGGGAAAUCUGCAAAGCGUUCCUCACAAAGAAUCCAGUGAAGAGAUUGGGCUGCGGGCUGCGGGGCGAGGAAGAUGUACGCAGUCACGCGUUCUUCCGACGCAUCGAUUGGGAGAAGAUAGAGAAUCGCGAGGUGCAACCACCGUUCAAACCGAAGAUCAAACAUCGCAAGGACGUGAGUAACUUCGAUAAACAGUUCACAUCGGAGAAGACAGAUUUGACACCCACGGACAAGUUGUUCAUGAUGAACCUGGACCAGACAGAGUUCAUGGGUUUCUCGUUUCUCAAUCCAGAGUUCGUGCAACACGUUUAAACGGAUAGAGUUUUUUCUCGUUAGUUGUAACCUCGCCAUACGUUUCCUCCCCGCCAUUUCCUGGGGUUCAUCUUCCUCUUUGCUACUCAGGGCUUUCACCGUCAUCUUCUUCCUUCCCCCGCCCCCCGUCCCCCCCCCUCCCCCCCCCCCCACGAUUCUAUCCAAACUGUAAACACUCUCUUUUCGUUGUUUUUCCGCUUCGUAUGCCUUGGGUUUCGGUUUGCUUGAGUCUCGGUUCCAGGAAUCGUCACGGGUACAGGCACAUCCGAACGACCCAUCGUUGUUUUCUUUUUACUUCUCACCUUAUCAAAAAGUCAACACGCGACUUCUCGAGCGUAUUUUUACCAAAGAAUAAGGUGUGUUCGCGUGCACGUUGGUAGCGUCGCGCUAGAAUAGGUGUUGAAACAUGACGUUGAUCGGGGUCGAACGGAUUCGUCGAACGAAUCCGAUAAGCGUGGCAAGGUUAAGCCGAGGAAAGGACGAGAAUAAAACUUGCAAAUGAUCGCGUUGGGAAAUCGUGCUUGCCCCACGAUUGAAUGAAACCGCGAAAAUUUCCUAACUGCUGUCCUCGUUCUUCGCGUACAUUAUUAUGCAUUUACUUCAGUAAGUUCUACUGUCGCCUUCCAGAGUAUAUAUAUAUACAUAUACAUAUAAUGUACAGAGUAAUUGUGGAAACUGGGACAGGCUGUAGCUUCUUUCUACGCGAAAAUCGUUGAAAGAUUGAUGGAGAAGAUAGACGCGAGAAGGUAAAUAAAAUCUUAUCUUCUUUUUUUUUUUUCUUUUUAUUUUUGUAUCGGAUGUAAGUCGCUCGAGAUGGGUGUAUUAUAAUUUAGCUUAUUUAGAACAAGUGCAAUUACACGUGUUUGAGAGAAGUGCACGACCUUUCGAUUGAUUUAUUUACGAUCUUCAGAUUUAAUAUACUUUGUGAAGUGUAAUAAUUAUUUAGAUAUGGGAAAAGAUAAAGAAACAUAAAAUGAAGAAAGGUGCGAGGAAGUUAUUUUCAAAUGGGCUAUAUGGGCUAUAUGUAAAAUUUUAGAGAAACAUUAGUAAUGAAGUGUUGCUAGUUCGGAUAAUUGAACAAGUUUAUAAGGGAAAAACAAGAUAUGUAAAGGAAGGUAUUAUUUCAUGUUAUAGCAAAUCCAAUUUGACAAAAAUGACUGCGUAAAAAGUUUUAUAAGGGCAAAAAACUGAAAAGUUACGUACAAAAUUAAAAGAUAUACGUAUAAAGCUAGGAUUUUUAAUGAACGGACACAGUUGAAGAAGGUGUGGAAGAUUUUGAAUAGCUAACAUAUUGAAUGACACAAGACACGGCAGAGGAAAUGCAAAAAUUGAGCACAAGUUAAUCGUUAGAAGAACCAAAAAAAAAGGGAUAAAUAAUAUAAAAAUGUGUGGUAUCAUUUGAAAGACUACAAGUCCUCUACGAGUGAACAGAACCACUGACAUUUUUUUUUAGAAAUCAAUUCUUCUCGUUAUUCUACAUAUAAAAGUAUUCAAAUAUGACUAUUGAGAAUGUAAUAUUGCGAGAUAUUUCAUAUUUUAUGAUUUGAAUAUUUCUAAUUUGUUAAAUUUUUCAGUACAUUUUUAAAUGGAAUAGCAGUUUUAAAUGAAUAAUAAGUAAAUGCAAAAAUUAAGCACAAGUUAGUUGUUAGAAGAACCAAAAAAAGGGAUAAAUAAUAUGAAAAUGUGUGGUAUCACUUGAAAGACUACAAGUCCUCUACGAGUGAACAGAACCACUGACAUUUUUUUUUAGAAAUCAAUUCUUCUCGUUAUUCUACAUAUAAAAGUAUUCAAAUAUGACUAUUGAGAAUGUAAUUUUGCGAGAUAUUUCAUAUUUUAUGAUUUGAAUAUUUCUAAUUUGUUAAAUUUUUCAGUACAUUUUUAAAUCGAAUAGCAGUUUUAAAUGAAUAAUUAUUUUGAAUUUUCUCUUCUAGAUUAGAUUUCAGAUACCUUACGA